GGAAGGAAGUACAAUUCUGCAUCUUCUCGCUCAGAACGGAAGAGAAAGACUGUAACAUUAGUCACAGAAUCUGGUCUCACAUUUCAGUAAAAUGUUCAGCAUGUGUGUCGUUCUGCUCGUCUUUUCCAGCAUCUCUACAGCUGUUGUUGGUGCUCCAGAAACAGUCACAGGACACAGAGGAGAGAGAGUAGAUAUCAGAUGCAGAUAUGAAUCUGGAUAUGAAUCAAAUUCAAAGUAUUUUUGUAAAGGAGAGUGUGUCUAUGGAUUUAGAGACAUUGUGGUUAAAUCAGGAUCUCCAGCUGAAGACGAGAGAUUCUCUCUGACCGAUGACACGAGGACCAGAGUUUUCACCGUCAGCAUCACUGACCUGAGAACAGAGGAUGAGGGACGAUACUGGUGUGGAGUGGAGAGGACUAUAGCUGAUGUCUAUUCAGAGAUUAUGUUGCUGGUUAAAGAGGAUCAGAUUCAACAAACCACCAGCAUCACAACCACAGAAAGAAAAACCACUAUCACAGAUCAGGACAGCUCCUCAACGGGUGAUGUCUGGAGCACAGAGUCUGUCAUCUACGUCUCUGUGGGGUUAGUCCUCGUGAUGAUCAUCUUCCUCGCUGCGCUGACGGUGUUGUGUAGGAAGAGAAGCAAGAAACCACCAAGAGUUACGCAAUCUGGGCUUUCACCACAAGUCUCCAUUGUGCUUCUUCCUUUGAAUGAACACACUGCAGAGGAGAUUGACUGUAACAACCCCAAACAUGAGGAUAUCAACAAGAUGAAGGGCAAGAACAAAGACAUCCACACUAUCUGCACUACAAUAGAUAGACCAGAAGAAUCAUCAAUCUACUCAACAGCAGAUAAACCAGACGAUUCAGUGAUCUACUCAACAGCAGAUAAACCAGAAGAUUCAGUGAUCUACUCAACAGCAGAUAAACCAGAAGAUUCAAUGAUCUACUCAACAGCAGAUAAACCAGAAGAUUCAGUGAUCUACUCAACAGCAGAUAAACCAGAAGAUUCAGUGAUCUACUCAACAGCAGAUAAACCAGAAGAUUCAAUGAUCUACUCAACAGCAGAUAAACCAGACGAUUCAGUGAUCUACUCAACAGCAGAUAAACCAGAAGAUUCAAUGAUCUACUCAACAGCAGAUAAACCAGAAGAUUCAAUGAUCUACUCAACAGCAGAAUGUCCCAAAGAUUCAAUGAUCUACUCAACAGCAGAUAAACCAGAAGAUUCAAUGAUCUACUCAACAGCAGAUAAACCAGAAGAUUCAGUGAUCUACUCAACAGCAGAUAAACCAGAAGAUUCAAUGAUCUACUCAACAGCAGAUAAACCAGAAGAUUCAAUGAUCUACUCAACAGCAGAUAAACCAGAAGAUUCAGUGAUCUACUCAACAGCAGAUAAACCAGAAGAUUCAGUGAUCUACUCAACAGCAGAUAAACCAGAAGAUUCAAUGAUCUACUCAACAGCAGAUAAACCAGAAGAUUCAAUGAUCUACUCAACAGCAGAUAAACCAGAAGAUUCAAUGAUCUACUCAACAGCAGAUAAACCAGAAGAUUCAAUGAUCUACUCAACAGCAGAUAAACCAGAAGAUUCAAUGAUCUACUCAACAGCAGAUAAACCAGAAGAUUCAAUGAUCUACUCAACAGCAGAUAAACCAGAAGAUUCAAUGAUCUACUCAACAGCAGAUAAACCAGAAGAUUCAAUGAUCUACUCAACAGCAGAUAAACCAGACGAUUCAAUGAUCUACUCAACAGCAGAUAAACCAGAAGAUUCAGUGAUCUACUCAACAGCAGAUAAACCAGAAGAUUCAGUGAUCUACUCAACAGCAGAUAAACCAGAAGAUUCAGUGAUCUACUCAACAGCAGAUAAACCAGACGAUUCAAUGAUCUACUCAACAGCAGAUAAACCAGACGAUUCAAUGAUCUACUCAACAGCAGAUAAACCAGACGAUUCAGUGAUCUACUCAACAGCUGAAUGUCCAGAUGAUUCAACCUCAUGACAUUUUUACAGACUGUGUCUCAUAGCAGCUUCACGGACUGGAAGCUGAUCCCACAAAGCAUCGGAAUUUAAUCUACUGUAAAAAAAUAAAAAUCCAAGAUUUUAAUAAGACAUUUUGCAUAAAUAAGGGUUUAUAUGACCCUGUAAAAUCCAUAGUUUUUUUCCAGGUUGAAAAAUGUCCAAGAUACUAUUUUAAUGGUUCAGUUUAAUUAAAUAAAUCAAAAGGCAUGCCUAAUUAUUUGAAAUCAUGAAACUUACAAUUUGCAUCAAUUUAUUAAAGCUUUAAUAAAAAUAAAAUCGUUAAAGAC